UUAUCCUAUCCUAGGUAUUCCUUGAAGAGGUGGGGUUUCAGGUGUCUCCGGAAGGACGUGCCCCACAGCUAACGGAUCGCUAUCCGGCGAGCGAACUAGAUAACGGUCGCCAUGGGCGCGUUCUUUCGGAGCGAGGAGGUGUGUCUUGUGCAGCUCUUUCUCCAAUCAGGGUCAGCCUACAACUGCGUCAGCGAGCUUGGAGAGCUGGGUCUGGUCCAAUUCAGAGACUUGAACCCCAAUGUCAACUCGUUCCAGAGGAAGUUUGUGAACAAGGUGUGGCGCUGUGAGGAGAUGGAGAAGUCCUUCAGUGAGAAGAGAGACAGCCUGAUGAACCAGCUGAUCCAGCUCAGCCAAUACAGAGGGGUUUUGAUCCAGACACAGUCCCGCACAGUCUCACAGUUUGGCAUUGUAACCGACUCCAGCAUGAAAAUGCUCACCUUCGAUGGCCACUGGCACGCUGGGGAAGUGUGGUCGUCACGGAUAAAUCCCGGUGGCAUCGUAGGAAGAACGAUAGUGGUGUGGACUCACUCUAUAACCGCCUCCCGGACCCAAGCACCCCUCCUCCCACCCUCUUCCAACUCCUUCACAGCCGGCUUCCAGAGCAUCGUAGACGCAUACGCAGUGUACACUAUUAUCACCUUCCCCUUCCUGUUUGCGGUGAUGUUUGGGGACGUGGGCCACGGCCUCCUCAUGACCAUGGUCGCUCUCUGGAUGGUGCUGCAGGAGAGAGACCUCAAACUCAAGACCAACGACAACGAGAUCUGCCAGAUGAUGUUUGGUGGUCGGUAUCUGAUUCUGCUGAUGGGCCUUUUCUCUAUCUACACCGGAGCUGUGUACUACGAGUGUUUCAGUAGAGGCCUCAGCCCCUUCCCCUCGGGAUGGAGCCUGCAACCUAUGUUCCAACACUACAACUGGAGUGAUGAGACUCUGAGGGAGAACCAGUAUCUUACUCUGGACCUAAACGUGACCGGAAUGUUCCAGGGACCCUAUCCGUUUGGCAUCGACCCGAUCUGGCGGCUGGCCAACAACCACCUGACGUUCCUGAACUCGUACAAGAUGAAGAUGUCCGUUAUCAUCGGGGUCGUCCACAUGACUUACGGAGUCUGCCUGUCCUUUUUCAACUACAUUCACUUGAACCAGCUGAGCAGUGUGUUCCUGGUACUGAUCCCAGAGCUGUUGUUCAUGCAGUGUCUGUUUGGCUACCUGGUCUUCGUGGUGGUGUUGAAGUGGCUGGCGUUCAGCCCCCAGGAUUCAGACCGGGCCCCCAGCAUCCUCAUACACUUCAUAGAUAUGUUCCUGUUCACUGAGAAUGAGGAUAAUCCGCCCCUCUACCACAGACAGGUGAGGAGCACGCAUGAUAGUCCAGAGGUCCUUGUGGUGGUAGCUCUGGCGUCACUGCCUGUCCUGUUACUAGGGAAACUCUCUCUCUACUACAACCACAGGAGAAGAGCCAACACCAUAGGGGGAGAAGAGCGCCCCCUUGUGACGGACACCAGCUCCAUCAACGCACUACAAGGAGACCUGGAGGAAGGAGGACCCAGAGAGGAGGAGGAGGAGUUUGAUACAGUGGAUGUGUUCAUGCACCAGGCCAUCCACACUAUAGAGUACUGUCUAGGCUGCAUCUCCAACACAGCUUCCUAUCUACGACUGUGGGCCCUGAGUCACGCACACACUGAGCUGUCGGAGGUGCUAUGGGUGAUGGGGAUACGUAUCAGCCUGUCGUGGCAGGGCUACAUGGGAUCUGUAGUUCUAGCCGUCAUCUUUUCCUUCUGUGCCACACUCACCGUCUCCGUCCUGCUCGUCAUGGAGGGGCUGUCCGCCUUCCUGCACGCGCUCAGAUUGCACUGGGUGGAGUUCCAGAAUAAGUUCUACAGUGGAACAGGAUACAAGCUCAACACUUUCUCCUUCAACCUGAACCCUCUAUAGGACAUUGUUACAGAGGAAGUACUCUACCAACAUAGAUAUUUACCCAACAGAAGCAUGUAUAAAGUUGUUUUAUAUACCGCUUUCAAACACAAGACGUUGUGUUACAAAUGAAGUACUGACAGAUAUUGGGUGUCUGGAAUGGCAACCUAUCCCUUAUAUAGUGCACUACUUUUGACAAGAGCCCUAUGAACCCUGGUCAAAGGUAGUGCACUAUAUGGGGAAUAGGGUUCCAUUUCAGAUGCAUCCAUAGCCUAAUAAAAAUUGAUCAAACCAUAGCUUAUCUUGCAUAUGGUAUCAUAUUUAAAAAGGAAGGGAACUUGUGUAUAUAGUCAGCGUUUAGUUUUUGACUUGCAGUUUCUCUUUUAUGAUGAGCCUACAACAGAGAUGGCGACUGUAGGAGUGCACUGCUUUUCCCAGGGAUCACUGGGACACCAUUUUGUGCAUGGGAGCCUUCUACGUUUUUUAACCACUUAUAAAUUAAUGCCAUUAAAUUGUUUUAUAAUCCCUAAAAGUUUAUGGAUUGCAGUGGAUUU